AGGUAGCAGUAAAAAAAUGCUGAGAAAAUCCAAAGCGGAAGUAAAGGAAGAAGUGGGGAAGGAAAACCGCUUUUUAGAGAACUCUGAGAAGUUUGCAUCCACAUCUGAGCUGCGUGAUGUGAACGGGGGGGGAACUUUUAUUCCUCGAGUUAGAAAGUUUGGAAAAGCCGGCGCCGUUACUGUGGGAAACGAUGGGACUCCCGGCGCUGGAGUUCAGUGACUCUUUUCUGGACAGCCCGGACUUCAGGGAGCGCCUUAAAUACCAUGAAAUAGAGCUGGAGCGGACCAAUAAAUUCAUCAAGGAGCUCAUCAAGGAUGGAAAUAUGCUGAUCACUGCUCUCAAGAGUCUUUCUGCUGCUGUCCAGAAGUUCUCCCAGUCGUUGCAGGAGUUCCAAUUUGAGUGCAUUGGUGAUGCUGAGACAGAUGACGAGGUCAACAUUGCCCAGUCUUUCAAAGAGUUCUCCCAGCUGCUGAACACUGUUGAAGAGGAAAGAAGGCGCUUGGUUCAGAAUGCAGAUGAUGUCUUGAUUACUCCCUUGGAAAAAUUUCGGAAGGAGCAAAUUGGAGCAGCGAAGGAGGUAAAGAAGAAAUUUGAUAAGGAGACGGAAAAAUACUACUCCACACUUGAGAGACAUCUCAACCUGUCAUCUAAAAAGAAAGAGGCCUAUCUACAGGAGGCUGACACGCAGAUUGAUAAGGAGAGACAGCUCUUUUAUGACACAUCCCUUGAGUAUGUUUUCAAAAUUCAGGAAGUGCAAGAAAAGAAAAAAUUUGAGUUUGUUGAGCCGCUCUUGGCCUUUCUUCAGGGUUUGUUUACAUUUUACCAUGAAGGAUAUGAGUUGGCUCAUGAAUUUGAGCCAUACAAACAGCAGCUCCAGUUCAACCUACAGAACACAAGAAACAACUUUGUGAGCACCAAGCAGGAAGUGGAGAAGCUGAUGAACAGGAUAAGGUCUGCAGAUCAGGACUACAAACCCCCCGGCCAGUGGACGAUGGAAGGCUUCCUGUACGUCCAGGAGAAGCGUCCUCUGGGAAGCACGUGGACGCGUCACUACUGCAUGUAUGACAAAGGAAGCAAGACCUUCACCAUGAGCAACACAGAAAACAAGUCAGCCGGGAAACAGAAUGGCUUCGUCUUGAAUCAGCCAGAGACUUUCAAGCUCAAGUCCUGCAUUCGGAGGAAAACAGACUCCAUCGACAAGCGCUUCUGCUUUGAUAUCGAAGUGGUGGAGAGAAAUGACAUCUGUCGAGGAACUCUUUUCAGACCACUUCAGUUUUUCUGUAAAGUCCGGCAUGGCGUAAUGACACUGCAGGCGCUGUCAGAGUCCAACAGAAGACUGUGGCUGGAGGCCAUGGAUGGCAAGGAGCCGAUUUACAACCUGCCAGCCAUACUAAGCAAAAAAGAGGAAACGUAUCUUAACGAGGCAGGUUUUAACUUCGUGAGGAAAUGUGUUGACCUGGUCGAGACAAGAGGCAUCCAUACAUUGGGGCUGUAUAGAAUUGGAGGGGUAAACUCCAAAGUACAGAGGCUGAUGAGCACAGUUUUUUCUUCCAAAGCACCUGUGGAUAUGGAGCUGGAUCCUGAGAUGUGGGACAACAAAACCAUCACCAGUGGUCUGAAGAAUUACCUCAGGUGCCUCUCUGAGCCUCUCAUGACUUUCAAGCUGCACAAAGAUUUCAUCAUGGCAGUCAAGUCUGAUGAUCAAAACUACAGAGUGUGUGCUGUUCAUGCUUUGGUUCAUAAGCUACCUGAGAGGAACAGGGAAAUGCUGGAGUUACUAAUAAAACACCUUGUCAUAGUUUCUGCACAAAACCAGUCCAACUUGAUGACGGUGUCCAACCUGGGUGUUAUCUUCGGGCCGACGCUGAUGCGGUCGCAGGAGGAGACGGUGGCUGCUAUGAUGAACAUAAAGUUUCAGAACAUCGUGGUGGAAAUACUGAUCGAGAACUUCAACAAGAUCUUUCACCAGCCUCCGGAUCCCAACGUGCCUCUGCCACAGCCGCAGAGCUGGACCGGCUCCCGCAGGAGCAGAGCCAUCUGUCUGUCCAAGGGGCCCCGCAAGCCGCGCAGUCUUUACACCCCAACACUGUGCCUGGCAGACGCAGAAAGUCCCUGCAUAGGCGACACCUUGAGCAGCAGUCCAAGCAGCACUCCUAUGGGCAGCAUGGAGUCUCUGUCAUCCCACUCCUCAGAGCAAAACACCUCCUCCAAACCCGCUUCCUCUGGAGCAGGAAGAUGCCUCGGCAGGUCGGACCUCCUCCGCCAGACCCCGUCGCAGCUCUCGUACGGCCCCGGGAACGCGGCGUGCGUCAGCAGCCCCGAGUCCAGCUCCAGAGAGGAGGGAGGUCGAACAGAUGGGGAGUCUGAGGACACUUUCAGCCUGUCCUCAGUCAGCACAACACCUCGACUGUCUCCCGCACCCAAAAAAGCCCCCCACUGCCGCUCUGACCUCAAGCCGGCGCUGCCGAGUCGCUCCGUUUCUCCCUCACUGAAAUCACUGCCAGGAUCAGACGGCCAGCAGAGUUGUUCUGGUUCUGUCCAAAGUUUAUCAACACUGGAGACCAAAGAGAGCUUAAAGCCUGGUGACCACCCCAACCUUCCACCGAAGCAAAUUAUCCGCCGCAGGAUAGACGCGUCGGUGAACAACGGCUACCAGAGGCCAGGCUCAGUGGUUGCUGCCAGAGCGCUGUUUUUUGAAAAUCCCUCUUCUUCACAAUCUGUCCCUAUAGGAAGAGACGCCAAGGCCAUGUAUUCCUGUGAGGCAGAGCACAGCAAUGAGCUCAGCUUUCCUCAGGGGGCGCACUUCUCAAAUGUCUACCCCUCCGUCGAACCAGGCUGGCUCCAAGCAACAUAUGAGGGCAAAACAGGUUUAAUCCCAGAGAAUUAUGUUGUUUACCUGUAAAAGAGGCUAACCCUGCCAUAUUUUUAUGAUAGCAAUGGAAAAAGAACUCUGUGCUCACUGUUAAGUUCCCAAUAUCUAGUUCCCCGACAGAGAAUUAUAUACACUCAUCAUUUGACAUAAAUCUCUUAUUAAUUUUGGAUUUGGAGUGACAUAUUUGAAUCGUUUUUGGGGGGAUUUUCCAGAGUGAAAUGGUAAUGCAAUAUAGGGAGAAUUACGAGGUGUUUGGACAGGUUAAGAAAAAAGACAUUUUACCUUUGCCUUUAAACUUAUAAGGCAAAGUUUAGAGUGCCAAAGCACUACUUUGGAAGUAUUUCCAAAAUUGCUACCUGUAAAAUUCAAGGCAACAGUAAAAUACCUUUUUACUUAGAUUGUCCCAGUUCCUCAGUAUGUCCCAAUAAACCUAAAGCCAUUUUACUUCUUUGAUUAAUUUUGAAAACAAGAACUCAGUGCGCAAGUUUGUCUUUAUUGUGGAUUUUCUUUAAUCCAUACAGUCAAAGUUGUACAUAUUGAAUAUAGUUACGGCCAAAGUCCAGGAACUGAAUGUUAGCACUCUUCAUUCAUUCCCAUUUAAGCAUUUAAAGAGUGAAAUUUGCAGAUGCUUACAUUGAAAAGCCAAAUGCCUUCAGGAGAAAUGUCUCAUGAUCAGAUGCAGCAAAGACUGAGCUCCUUACCUGCAAUGGCAGGAACAAUUGGAGGAGUUAGAGCAAGACUGGAUUUAUGAAAGGUCUUUUAAAGCCAAGAAAAGUCUUACAUGUAACCGUCUCAAUUUAAGACCUUAAAAAUCCUUAAAUGUGCCCAGAAUUUUAAUGUGAGGUUCUAAAUUAUAUUUAGUUUAAAUUGUAGCUCUUUUUUAUUAUACUUCUCUUUUUUGAGACAUAUAAGGGAGGCAUUAGGCAAACAUUAAGCUGUUUUAGGAGUCUUCCCAAGAAUUAAAUAAACACAAAAAGUUUGUAUCUUUCUGGAAAAAGUUUUUUUAAAUUCACCUCCAAUAUUUAAUUUUAACUAUUUUAUUGUUCUAAUGAUAAUGUUUCAGACAUGUUUUUUGUUCAUGACAUUGAACUGCUGUUUUUUUUAAAGUUUAUUUCGAUUAAAAACUCAAAAUUAUUAAGACAUUCAUGCAGAUGUGGCUAAUCUUUUGACUAUUGUUUGCCAACAUUAUUUGCAUUUAUAGCAGAUAUUAUUGUCAAGGCUUUUGCAAACUAAUGACCAAUCCUAUACCUCCCUUUAUGAAAUUUUGAUGAAUUUGUUUGCUCCACAGAGCAAUUCAGCUUGGCAUUAAAGUCUGAUGUAAAUCUAAUACGAAAUGACGGCACUGAUCUCUAGUAUUAGCCUACAGAAUCACAGAACAAUCCAUUUCUCUUUUAGUUAUUUUAUUCUCAGAAAUGUAUCCUAUAUGAACCCAUUUCACCACACUUCAUCACAAAUCUGUCACAAACAUUUUGAUUGAUCAAGCUGUGAUUUCAAAUAAAAUGAUCUGUUAGAAUAUAGUAGAGAAAGCAACAAUGGUUUUGCACCUUAAUAUCUCUGGACUAUUGUUUACCCACUGAAACUGUUCCUGGCUGUUGCCUCGUCAGUUAAAUGCUACUGUACAACACCUGCUCAUGUUUUGUUUUUUUCUUUAAAAUUAUAUUAAAUAUUUACUUCUUGUAACUGUCUGUUACAGAAUAUUGGCACAUCAAAUAUACGUUGUAUGUAAAAGUUAUUUCAUCAAAUGUAUAUUGUGUGGUCAGUGGUACACUGGUGUACAAGUAAUGACAACUACACAAGUGUGACAUUGUUAUGUGUGAAAGAAGACAUUUAAUACAUAUUUACUCUUGUCAACAUUCCCACACUAAAAAUCAAAAAUGGUCUACAAAGUUAAAUUUAGUGAUACAGUUUCAGAAAAAAAGAUAGAAAAAACAAAGAAAAACAAUCAUUUUUGCUCUUUACGUAUUACAAAGUUAAAAAAAAUUAAAUAAAACAAACAAAAACAAAAAAGUUAAACUUUCUCUGGUUUCCCAAAAUGUAUUUGGGAGAAUAUUUGACAUUUAGCUCCUGCCAGGAUCAGGCUGUUCUUUUCCAUUUACACUUCGAAGAAUGCGAAGUGGCCUUGAACACUUAAUGCUGGACUACUACUCCCUUACAGUAAAUGAAUUUGCCAGGGCAUGUCACGGAAAUGAUACUCAUUUCCUGAAUAUGUCAAAAUUGGCACGCUUUUUCACACAGUUAUUAGGACUUCUUGCAAACAUUUAAUUUAUCCUAAAGAAAUAGGUCAGCAAAUACAGAGUGAAUGAUCAAACCAUCUGUCCAGAUACAUGUGGUUUAUAUUUCCCUGAGGGAUAAACAAGUAGAGUAUUGCAAGUAUUUGCCCCUCACAAAUUUCUUGUGUUUUUUGCAUUUUUGUCACUCAUAAAAGUUUGACGUCAGAUAAAGAUAACGGUAAAUAAAACAUUUUUUUUUUAAUUAAGAAAAAAAAAAAAAAACAACCUUGAGUGAAAAUCAGUCCCUUACCAACUGCAAGUUGUAAAAAGACUGCCAUCAAGUAUCAGGACAUUCUUUUUUAUUGCUUUGGAGCAUUAUGACCCCCUUCUUUGCAGAAUUGACUUAGUUUGAAAACAUUCAGUGUUAGAGCAGAUUAUUUGUGAUUUCCUUAAUCAAGUUAAGCCACCAAGUCCUGAGGCAGAGAGUAGUGUGAAAUUUUUAUCUCCUGAUCAUCACACUACCACCACAGUGUUUGGCCGGUGGGGGCAUUGCCUGUUUUCAAAUAGGAGUAUAUAAGUCUUUAUCUUUGUCCACUUAAAACCAAUGAGAUUGUUAUAAAAUACAGCUUUUUAAUGUUUUUCCAGGUUGAUCUGAAAUUGCAUUAUUAGUUUGAUAAUCUGAAGCUUUUACGUCUGACAAAUAAAGCAAAACAGAGGAAAUCUAUGAGGAGAAAAUAAAUUUUCGUUGCAGGAAUAUUGAAACUGAGAUCGACAUGUUGGAUAGAUAACCUAAACCUGUUCAACCACCAAAAUCUAAAUGCCGUGUUAACAUGGGAUUAUGUGUCAAAGUUUGAUUGAUUAGUUAAAUUUUUAAUGUGAAAAAAUUUGAUGAAACAUUUUUGACUAAUGUUACUUUUUCAUGAACUUCACUGGCUUGAAUAAACUAUAAACAUUCAUCAUUCUUUAAAUGAUAAAUAUGAUUAAUUGUGCUCUGUUCUGAAAAUAAAAAUGGCUGUUAUUUGUGCACAUAUG